UUAUUGCGGACUAGGGUUUGUACCUUUCUGUUGCCAGGAAGCGCCUCUUAGCCUGCGUCUGUCUGUGUGAGAGGGAGAGCCAUGGCGAAAAACAGAAACAAGAAUAAUAAGAAAAAAAGUUGCUCGACAGCAAUGGACAUCCCCUCCGAUCACACGGUUGCAGAUGUUCCUCAAGCGAUGGAUACGUCAGAAUCAGCAGCUCCCGAUCUAUCUCCCGGUGCCUCCAAUAGAAAGACGAGAAAGGGGGUACAGAUGAAGAGAUCAAAGAAUGUUAGAAAGAUUAAAGCCAUAGCAAAAGCUGUAUCUCAAAACGAAAAAAUCUUGGAGAAAAUAUUGAAGAAUGAAAAUAAAACGUCUAAAAUGAAUUCUGCCAAGAGGUUGUAUGACUGAGUUAUUUCAUCUGCUCUCUUGAAUAGGUUUUAGAAAUGUAAGGGCCUGAUCAUUUGUAGAGAAUAUUUUUGUUUUUUAAUUCCAUUUUUUUGUUGAAUAA